AGCCGAAGGAGCAUUACACUAUUGCACCGCAUCCUUUCAUAGUAGCGAUCUCUCUUAAUAAAUGUCAGGGACCUUUUGAACUUCCUUUGAUCUGGGAGUGUUGCCUUUUGCUGGCAGCCUGGAGCCCACCUCACCUCGCCCCCGCCAGCCGUGGAGAAGAUGCAUCUGCGUGGGAUGGGGAGCGCACAUUAUCUGCAAGUGGAAGUGCAACGGGUGCACACUCAUUGCCUACAGAAAUGGUGCCAGUUAUAUAACUCCCUGCUGUGAGUAAUAAGGUACAACUCUGUCCACUCGUCUGCAGGAGGUUUCGGAGGGCUUGGUGCUCCUGGCUGCUUAAAAGGAUUAAUUUUUCUCCGUCUCUAUUUACAUGGUGAUAAGAAGUGCUAAUCCCACUCCGUCAAUCUGGACUGAUGAAUCUGAGGAGUAGAGCAGAGCCCUGCGUUGUGUAAACGAACUGAUGGAUGAAGAUGAGAAGGACAGGGCAAAGAGGGCAUCACGCAACAAAUCUGAAAAGAAGAGGAGAGACCAGUUCAAUGUCCUCAUUAAAGAGCUCUGCACGAUGCUGCAGGGGCACGGCCACCCUCUCAAGAUGGACAAAUCCACCAUACUGCAGAGGACCAUCGACUUCUUACAGAAACAGAAAGAAAUCACAGCACAGACAGAAGCCUGUGAGAUUAGACAAGACUGGAAGCCUUCAUUUCUUAGCAACGAGGAGUUCACCCAGUUGAUGUUAGAGGCAUUAGAUGGCUUCCUCAUCGCUCUUACCACUGAUGGGAUUAUUAUCUACGUAUCCGAUAGUGUCUCAUCUCUGCUCGGGCACUUACCGUCAGAUUUGGUGGACCAAAAUAUAUUAAACUUUCUGCCUGAGCGGGAGCAGAGUGAGGUGUACAAGCUCCUUUCUCCACGUGUGCUCAUGACAGAGCCCGUUGCAGCUGAUUUUCUAAACGUGGAAAAGCAAGUAGAGUUUUGCUGCCAUUUAGCAAGAGGCAGCUUAGAUCCAAAUGAACCUCUGACAUAUGAAUAUGUAAAAUUUGUAGUGGAUUUUAAAUAUUUUACUCAUGUGCCUACACCCUCCUGUAAUGGCUUUGAGUCAGCUAUUGCACGAGCUUUCAGGUCAGCCACGGAGGAGCAGAUUUGCCUCGUAGCAACAGUUCGUCUUGUCACACCACAGUUCUUAAAGGAGCUCUGCAAUGUUGAAGAGCCAUGUGAAGAAUUUACAUCGAGGCAUAGUUUGGAGUGGAAGUUUUUAUUCUUGGACCACAGGGCUCCGCCUAUUAUAGGAUACUUACCCUUUGAGGUGCUGGGAACGUCAGGGUAUGACUACUACCAUGCAGAUGACCUGGAGCUUCUCGCUAGGUGCCAUGAACACUUGAUGCAAUUUGGAAAAGGCAAGUCAUGUUACUACCGAUUCCUGACCAAGGGCCAGCAGUGGAUCUGGCUGCAGACACACUACUACAUCACCUACCACCAAUGGAAUUCCAAGCCCGAGUUCAUCGUGUGCACUCACCUGGUAGUUAGUUAUGCCGAAGUCCGAGCUGAAAAAAGGCGAGAUCUUGGCCUUGAAGAGUCAUCAAUUGAACUGGCAUCCUCUUCUAUAAAGAGCCAUGGCAGCUACCUAGAGGUGGGCCGCUGUGGCAGCAGCCAAGAUGCCAGCCGGGAGGGAAUGUCGCUGUCGUCCCACAGCUCCCGCCGCUCCUCUCACACUGCGCUCUCCGACUCUGCCUCCACCUCGUCCAUGCGACAUACUGACACCAGCACUCCCACCCGGCCGGCAGUGCCAGAGAAGGCAGCCCUGCGGCUGGCAGCGGCUGGAAGCGCUCAGGUCGGUGCUGCUGAAGGGAGCAGAUGGCAGGCCGUGGUCUCACCCUUGGAGGGGUCUGAUCCCCAGCUCCAGGCCAUAGCAACGCCUCCAGCCACAGGUGAACACCUCCCUCAGCAGCCAGCGGUCCCCUCCCAGCAGACUGUGAUGCCUGUAUACCAAUUCCCAGCCCCGCUGGGCAUGAUGCACCAGCUGAAGGAGCAGCUGGAGGAAAGGACACGCAUUCUGCAAGCGGACAUCAAAACGCAGCAGGAAGAGCUGCACGUCAUCAAGGAGCAGCUCCAGCUGGUGCAGGACUCCAACCUGCAGAUGCUGAUGCAGCAGCCGAUCCCACUGGUCUUCAACAACGCGCAGCGCCAGAGCCCACGGAGAGCCCCGCCACCGUCCCGGCAGCCCAGCACCAAGAAGGCCCCACAGCCGGGCCCCAUGGCCAAGCACUACGGGGGCCCCCCUGUGUCCACCCCACGCCCGUUCCUCAGGGAACCCUGCAGCACUCCCUCCCAGGUACCACAGCAGCAGCAGCACCUAAUGCGAGGAAACCAAGCCCAGCCAACGUGUCUGCCAGGGCAGACGAGCAUUUCAGUGCCCCUCUACAACAACCCCAUGGUGUUUUCGCAAGCACAGCCCAUUACAGUGGCUGCACAGCUGCCAACUGAUGUUAGGGAAAGGCAGAUGCAGUCUGACUACAGCCAGGACAGGAGCCUCAGGAUGCUGCUGGACCAGUCCAUCCAGGCCAUGGUGCCCGCCGCCAAUGGCAGCACCCAGCCCACACUGAGCAGUUCCAGCAGGCAGCUGGGGAAAUUCGUGGCAGAGCAGCAGCCCUUGCCUCCCACCACGCAGAUGCAGCCCAUCAGUGGCAGCACGGUGCGGCCCCCUGCCCCCUCACCUGUGUUUUCCCCAUCCGUGAUGCUCCCCCAUGGCAGCUUUGUGUCCCACCCCGGCAGCACCCCGCUGCAUCUCCACCCCUGGCCUCAGCAGCAGGUUCAGCAGCACCGUCUCUACCUUCAGAUGCAAGGAGCUGAGGCAGUGCCAGGAGGCCCCAGCCCACGUGUGUUCCAGCCACCCCACCUCCCACAGCAGAACCCCCUGAGCUACUUCCUGCACCCGCAGCCGCAGGGCCGCCACGCGCAGGGCCAGCCCUGCAACCUGCCUGACCUGCCUGAGAUGCAGCUGCCCUGACCGACUGCUGCUCAGACCAACAACACCCCACAAGGGGACACCUCACAUAGUGGGAUUGCCGUGGGGCCCAGCUGGGGUCUCCUGUUGGCCCCACUGCUCAAAAGAGCCCAUGGGCUGCGAGUCUCAGCCAGGCCUGCCCCAGAGGGAGCGCACCGUCAAGCUGAGGAAGAGAAGGAUGCUCACCUGGGGCUCCUGCCCACUGGAUCUGCAGACUUGGUGAGAAAGGUGUGCUUGGGGCAGGGGCUGGGAUGCUGCUGCCGGUUGCCGAGCCGUGCCUGCUUGCACCAGUGCUGGCUGCAGAUCUUUGACCUGAAGGGGAGAGCCGCCCGGCUGUGGGCAGGUUGGCUGAGGUCCCCGUGGGGAUGACGGCGCCGCAAAUAAGCCCCGUCCGAUCAGGGCCGCGGUGCUGGAAGUCACUGUGACGCUGAUCCCAGCGCCCGCAGCACACUGCAGGGUUCCCGUGUACAUAGCUCGUCUCGCUCUCGUAGGUCCGUCGUGGAGUUUUCCCUUAUUUCUAUACCUCAACCCCACCAUUUUGUUUUCCAGGAGAUUGGAUAAUGCUGCUAAUUUAUGUAACACCACUUUUGCCUGAAUUUCUUACUGUUGUUAAACCAGCUCACAUCACAACCAGUAAGAUAUUCCUCAUCUUUUAUUUUGGUUAACAAGUGCAGAGAAAUUUAUAUGGUUUUUACUCCCUAUAGCCAAAUAUUUUUCAGGUUACGUACAAAGAAUCUUUACUCUUUCUCCUCUGUCAUUCUGUUCUGAUCCAGGUGGAUGUUGUUGUAUAUGUUUCUUAACAUGAAAACAAACAAACACAGUUGAACACCAUAUGACAGCAAACUUUGUGGUUUUGCUUAGUCAGAUUUCAGUCUGACAAACCCAAAACAUAUACUCACAAUGACACAGGCGAUGUUACAAGCCCAUAGGGUCAGCAAUAAAUUGUAUUUUUGUAAAUUGCCACUUUUUAACUAUAUGUUUAUAUUUAUGAAUUGAAAACAAGUCUUUCCUCAGUGGGUGUAUAGCUGUGUCCCUACUGUUUGUGUCUUUCCAAAGGAAAAACGAACAUGUACAUUUCUGAGGCGCUGGGGGCUGAGGACUAACCGUGGGCACUGCUGGAGCCCAAGCACAGAUGACGGUAUAGGCCAUUGCUUUCAGCUUUGCAGGAAGGUAGGGAGGAAAACGUGUACACACAGAGGCACACACUUACACCAAGGAUACACUAUUGUACACAGUUUAUGUCUCAGCGUUGCUGGUGGGAGGAGAAGGCUGCAGCACGGUGGCUGUCCUGCACGUCCCCCCCUACAUGCCAGCCCUGGUGCGGCAGUGUGGCUGGGCUCUUGUGAGCAGGGCUUGAUAAGGAGGGGGUUCACUGCUUUGCAAGGAGAGGGGCUGGGGGCGGUGGGUGUGCCGGAUGGGGCUGUGCCUCUUCACAGCCCUCCUGAUGGCAGCACUGGGCUGCAUGGUGAUGGGGAGGGCUGUGAGAUGGCACAGUUGUCCAUCGCUUGCAGCCUCUCAGAAGGGAGCAGGGGAGGUUUGCAAGGAUGUUUACAUGUGAGAUUGGCCUUGCUGAAACAAGCAACCUAAAACAUGCACUUUAUCACACCCCCUUUUAUUUCCAGCACCCACCCCAGCCGCUAGCACAGCUGCUCGUGGGCCCGGUGCCACCCGGGCAGAGCUGUGUGUGCCAUGGGGCAAAAUCCCAUAGCCCCUGCUCAGCCUGCCUCCAACCAGGCAUGGCAGGCUCAGGGCCACGGGAUUUCUGCCUUAGUUAUCACUCACACUCAAAGAAUUAAUGACUAAAUUAAUCUCUUUAUUCAGGUGAAUUCCUUUACAUUUACCUCGGUGAUAGCUAUGACCUGUGUUUUUGGGAUCCCUUUGGAACUGAGGGUUGCUGGUGGGCUUGGUUCCCCUCUGGGUGCUGGUGAGAGAACAGAAGUGUGAGCGGUGCUGCCUGCACCAGGGGCUGGGCUCCACCGCCAGCGCUCAGCGACAUCCUGAGGCUUUCUAGCACAGAAGCACUUAUGUGCUAGCUCUCUCUCCCUUCAUAUAUAGAUAUACAGGUGUGUGUGUUUUUAAUAUACAUAUAUAUGUAUGUAUGUGUGUAUCUAUAUCUACAGGCCACACAAUUCCAGACCUCUGAAAACACAGGCAGCUUUAAUUAAUAAAGUCUUGCACUUUUAGCAUACUUGUACAUAUAAGCUAAAGCCUGGUGGGUACAAUCAGGCUGGUUUGACAAACACAGUUAAAAAUUGACUGUAUAUAUUGUAACAUACUCUGUGUAAAAGAAGAAGAAAAAUCUUAGAAGUGACUAUAAAUCUUGUUUUAUUUUAUAUGAUGUCAAAUAUAGAUACAUUUAUAAAUGUUAUUAUUCUUUAAAGUAUUUUGUAAUGGGAAAAAGGAAGUGUCUUAUGAAGAUGAAGAGUAAAGAUUUUAUUCUUGUCUUGAAUCUAUGUUGCUGCACAGCUCCGUUGGAUGGGAACCUGUGCAUUUUGACAAGCUUUAAACAGAUUAUACAUGGUAUUUUCAAAAAAAAAUUAAAAUAAAAAAAAAAAGAACAAAGAAAGAAAGGAGGAAAGAAAGAGAAAGAAAUAAAAGCAUACCUGUAAGACCUCUUA